AACAUCAUGCGACAUAGUAUUAGGAUAUCUCAUAAGUUCUUUCCGCGCCACGCUAUGUAUGACCUCGAGCCGACUAUGUUAGUAAACAUGUAGAUUUAACUAUUGUCCGUUUAUGGGAUCAAUUUCAAUCCAUAACCAUUAUUAUAACCCUAUCAAAGUACGUUUCGUUGGUGACAAAGUCUCUUUUACAAUCAUUUUCUACGCCGUUCAAUAUGGAUAGCCAAAAGAAUCAUUUGCGGCAUGUUAUGCUUCAUUGCUUUGAAAAAGGUAGUAAUGCAAAGAACACUGCAGAUGAGAUUUGCACCAUUUAUGGGAGAGGUACUACGACUAUUAGAAACGUCCACAAUUGGUUUACGAAAUUUACAGCUGGCAAUUUUUAUUUGAAAGAUGAAGACCGCAGCGGCCGCCCAGCAACAACGGAUACGGAUCUCAUCAAGAUUAUGCUCUCUGAAAAUCCACGAUAUAGUGUGCGCGAGAUAGUGAAUACCAUUAACAUUCCCAGGACAAUGGUGCAUAAUCAAGUAAUCAAAAUGGGAUAUGUGAAUCGGUAUGAAGUUUGAGUCCUAUGCCAAUAGACGGAGACCGACCUUAUGAACCGCGUCUCUACGUGCGAUUUGCUUUUUCAGCAACAUGAAAAAAAUUCUUUUUUAAAGAAACUAGUUACUGGAAACGAAAAUAUGGGUGACGUAGCGAUGAACGUGUUAAGGGAAAUUAUACCAUAUUAUAGCCGCUGCCAAAUUUUUUUAUGCACGAUGGUGUAUCACCGCAUUUUAUUAGAUCAAGAAUUUGUAGAAAUGAUACUUGAGUAUGGAGAAUUGAUAACGUCUGAAAUGGCAAUUUGA